AUGCUCCCCAACCCAACCACCCUUCAACCAGCAGAAAGACACACCCAAGCCCCAAUACCUACCCCACCAACUACAAAACCACCCCAAUACCCAAAAUACCUCUACUUCGCCUACGGCUCCAACCUCUCCCCAGCCCAAAUGAAAACCCGCUGCCGCAUAAAUCCUACCCACUCCGCUACCCCACUAGCAAUCGCAGCCCUCCCACACUGGCGCUGGCUAAUCUGCGAAGCGGGCUACGCAAACAUCCUGCCACCACCCGGUCUGCGCGUUGCAAACCAAGACUCCGAGACCGCACAUAAGAUUCCCGUUUCCGGGUCCGAGGAUACCGUCUACGGCGUUCUUUACCAGAUGGAUGUUGGUGAUGAGCGGAUUCUGGAUGGCUAUGAGGGGGUUGAUACACGUGCUGCUGAUGCGGAGGCUGGGGAUGGUGUGUCCGUUUCUAUUAGGCCCAGGGUGCAGGGCGAUGGGUCUUAUAAUAAGUGGUUUGUUGGAGCGGAUGUUGUGAAAUGGCUGGAUGGGGCGGAGGGGAUCAAGGCGGGGCUUGGGGAUGGAAAGGGGAAGGGGAAGGUGCCGGUUUUGGUUUAUGUUGAUGAGAACUGUGUUAGGCUUUCUGAGCCCAAGUUUGAGUAUAUCGCGAGAAUGAAUCGGGCUAUUCGGGAGUCUGUGGAUUUGGGGGUUCCUGUGGGAUGGGUGGAGGAGGUUAUGAGGAAGUUCAUUCCUGUGGAGUGA